AUGCGAUGUCGUGUUCGACGAUUGAUCUUUUUUCUACUGGCAAUAGUUUCACUAGUUAUUCUCUAUCAACUAAUUGGCAAAGGUCCUCAAACCAUAAACGAUCAGUCACCUUUUAUAAUAAUUCAUGCGAAAAAUCACACCUAUCGUAUACUUUCAUCGAACUUUAAAUAUAAUUCGCGUGAAUCGUAUCUAAAUUUUGCUUAUUUCAAUGUUGAACAACGUUCUCGUGUAUUGCAUAUCGAUUAUUUCUAUGAUAUACCGGUUUCUUCUCAAUGGCAAUUGAAUGGACAUUUAUAUCCAAUACAAAUUGCUCAAUUCGGUCUUAGUCAUUGGAGUCGAUUAAAAUUAAAUACAAAAAUUAAACAAAAUCAUGUUUACAGAUUCGAACGAAUAAAACCAAAUAAAGAUAAUUAUUGUUCAUCAUGGAAUAUGAUCAAAAAUAGAAUUGAUCUCUCAAAUACAUUUAUUCAUUUUGCAAUAUCAUCGAAUUGCUCAUUACAUAUUCAGUUUUUGGAUAAUGAUAUUGAACUUAUUUACUCGACAAGAAAAAUCAAUGAUUCGAAAACUUCAAGAAAAAUAAUUAUUCCACUUACAGGUUUUCCUCGCCAAGUUAAUCGAUAUAUGAAAAUUGACAUACGAAAAUCGAUUGACAAUUUGUUUUUAUCUAAGAGUGAUUUCAUUAAAAUAAGAAUUUGUGGUGAACCUAAUUCUUUUGUCAAUGAAUUAAUCGUAGGCAAUCAAACAUUAUAUAAUCAACAAGCAUUUUAUUCAGUGACGCGUUGGUUAUUACAUAGUCAAGAUUUAAAAACAGGUUGUUGGUUUAUUCAUGUAAAACGAACUUACGGAAAUCAUCAUCAAUAUCGUAUACGAGUGCCAUGGUGUUCAGCUAUGGCACAAGGACAAGCUGCAUCUUUACUCGUUCGUCUUUAUUCUCUGACCAAUGAUAUUCAACAUUUGUCCGCGGUACGUCGAGCUAUUCAACCCUUGUGGUCAUCUAAUAUAACUCGAGCUUAUUUCAAUAAUCGUUAUCUUUGGCUAGAAGAAUAUCCAUUGGAAUCUCCCGCCGAAGGUCUUUUUGUUCUUAAUGGUUGUCUCUAUGCUUUACUUGGCGUAAUCGAUGUUCAUACAAUCGAUCCUCAAUCUUACUUAUUAGAACUAAUUAAUGAAAUGGUGAAUUCAUUACAUCAUAUGCUUCCAUACUAUAUACAUCCUAAGGUUUCAAAUUGGUCUCUUUAUGAUUUAAGUCAUAUAACAUUGCAAUCAAAACGAAAUAGUGCCACUUACUCAUAUCAUCUUGUACAUAUAAUCUUACUUCAAUGUUUAAGUCAAAUAUUUCGGGAAACAAAUUUUUCUACGUCACAAUUGUUUGAUUCCUAUGUUCAAAGAUUUCUAUCAGCUAUUUCAUAG